AUGGCGGUGGACAAGAAAACUGGUCUUCAAAAGUUCAAUUUGAGUUUUGUUUCAGUUACUGUGAUAGCACUGUUAGUCGCUGAAACAAUUUAUCUACAUUUAAGAAUAUUCAAAACAGAAAGCAUCUUGACGGAAAGAAUAGACGAGUUGAGAACGCGGCAACAAAUAACCGAGCAGAAAUGUGAAGGAUUUCCCAAUCGUGAUGAUAAACAAAAGCAAGAAGAUAUCAAUUAUUACAGAUUGUACCUGAAAGGUGAAAUCAGAAACAUAGAGCAACGGAAAAUACGGUCAAAACGUAACAUUGACGCCAAAAUUGAUUCAAUUCUACAAGCCUUGAAAUCGCCGCCUCAUUAUAUAUUGCAGCCUUGGGAAAGAGAACAUGGAAUCGGAAGAAAAUGCAGAAAUGUGACACUUGUUUGCCAGAAGGGGGAAAGAGGAGCCAGGGGUAAGUCAGGCCCCCGUGGAGCAAAAGGAGAUAUAGGAGAGACGGGUGCUGUCGGUCCUGUAGGUAUGGUGGGACCUCGAGGUCAUAAGGGUGAGAGGGGAUUAAAAGGCGAACCUGGUUUGCCAGGGAGAUCAAUUUCAAAGCCAAAUAUAAAGUCGAGGUUCCCAAUUAAAAUUCUCAAAAAAGAAGCUACAACUUUUACAUUAGUUUGUGAAGCUAAUGGAAACCCUCCGCCAAAAAUGUUUUGGACAUUUGGAGAACAAAGGCCGGAUUCGAGGUAUGCUUUUCCAAUGACAGGUGCCCUGACCAUUGUAAAUAUUACCGAGAACGACAAUGGUAGGAUCACAUGUGUUGCAGAGAAUGUGCUCGGUAAUGAUACAAUGAAAACAGAGUUGUCUGUUCUCACAAAACCAAGAGUAUUUUUGAACGCUAAAAAGGUUAUCAGGACAGUUGGAUUUCCUUUAGAAAUCAAAUGUAAUGCAACUGGCAAUCCAGUUCCAAAACUCAGUUGGAAAAAAUCCCAUGGAGUACUAAGAGGGAGAGCAGGUCUUUCAGCUGAUAGCAAAAGUAUCACAUACAAUUUGACAAAGCCCUUCUUUGCUGACGCUGGUUAUUAUAUAUGUGAGGCAACUAAUGAUAUUGGUAUUACAAGGCAAUCUGUUUUGCUUGAACUUCAACCAAGAGAUUGUUCAUCAUUGAGAAAAAGUGGGCAGAAAGCAAGUGGAAUAUAUACGAUUAACCCUGAUAACGGCGUCCCUUUUUCCGUUUACUGUGACAUGACAAAUGAGGGAGGCGGUUGGACUGUGAUACAGAGGCGAACUGAUGGAUCUGUUGAUUUCUUUCAAAACUGGGAAUUAUACAAGGCAGGAUUUGGAGUCUUGGCAAAGGAAUUCUGGCUCGGAAAUGAAAAUAUUCAUCGUUUAACAAAGCAAAAGGACAUGAUGAUUCGUUUUGACCUUGAAGAUGUAGAUGGAAAGCGAGUGUUUGCAGAGUACAGCACAUUUUACAUUGAUGGACAAGAAAAACAGUAUACAUUGCAUGUAAGCUCGUACUCAGGAACGGCUGGCGAUUCAUUUUCAGGGCACAACGGACAAAGAUUUUCCACCAAAGACAAGGAUAAUGAUAUAUGGGGAAAAAAUUGUGCCACGGAAUUUCACGGGGCAUGGUGGUAUGGCCAAUGCCAUUCCUCUAAUUUGAAUGGAAAAUAUCUCAAUGGUCCGCAUAACUCACAUGCUAACGGAGUUAACUGGUAUGCGUUUAAAGGUCACAAUAAUUCAUUGAAAAGAACUAUCAUGAAAGUGAGGCCACGCUAAUGACAGCGAAGGCAUAAAAUGUCUACUUUUUCUAGAGAAACUAAAAGGAGGAAAGAAACAUUUUGCAUUGAUGAAGAUAUACGUUAUUAAAGACAAUUUAAACAGUUUUUUGGCAAUUCUUGCAGAAUGAAAAAUUCCCGAAUUUGAGAUCACGUUGCACACAUUCUGCCCUUCGAUUUUUCUCUCCAUUACUCAGUAAAUUUUCAAAGAACGAAGUUAGCUAACAACUCUGUCUACAUUAUAGAGAACUGUAACCAGCCUAGUAGAAAUUAUUAUUCCCAUUUUCACUGCAUCAUUAAUUCAAAACAACAUGAAUGAUUUGAUAUUUUUGAAGUGUUAUGCAACUUCUUGUCCUGUUUACAGUGUCCUCCUACAAUUAGUUACUGUACUAGUUUCAACUAAUUUUUAGGCCAGUUUGAAAUGGGUUCGUCCAGCUUCUGAAAUAUGUUUAACUAAGGUUAUUUGGGUGUUGUGUGAUCUGACACCAAUUUGUUAAAACUGCACAAUGUUGUUAUCUUUUAAGAAAUAUUAAUCAUCUAGAUUCAA